AUGUCGACCCAGGACGCGAAGGUGCCGGUCGAAGGCGCGACGCAAACGCUGCCUGACCGCACUCAAAACCCCGCCGAAGAUAAGGCUGCCCCCGAGGGCGAGAUGUCCAAGAACGCCGCCAAAAAAGCCGCGAAACUGGCAAAACAGGCGGCGGACAAGGAGGAAAGGGCAGAAAAGGAUGUCAACAAGGGAUUAAAAGCAGAGGCCAAGAAGGCUUCUUCCAAGACGCCGAAGAAAAAGAUGGAGGGUGCUGCGCUCAUUGGAAUAGAUGUUGCAAAAGAAGACGAUUUCGCGGGAUGGUACCAGCAAGUCCUUACUAAAGGAGACAUGCUGGACUACUAUGAUGUCUCUGGAUGCUUUAUUCUCAAGCCCGCUUCGUAUUUCAUCUGGGAGACCAUCCAGAGCUGGUUCAAUGACAAAAUUAAAAAGAUGGGCGUCCGGAACUGCUCUUUCCCUUUGUUCGUGUCGGAGGAUGUGUUGCAAAAAGAGAAGGACCACAUUGAAGGUUUUGCCCCUGAGGUCGCGUGGGUUACUCAUGCAGGCUCGACUCCUCUGGAAAGGAAGAUUGCAAUUCGUCCCACGUCGGAAACGGUCAUGUACCCAUACUAUGCCAAGUGGAUCAGAAGCCACCGUGAUCUCCCUCUUCGUCUGAACCAGUGGAACUCUGUCGUUCGCUGGGAGUUCAAGCACCCUCAACCCUUCCUACGAACCCGAGAAUUCCUCUGGCAGGAGGGUCACACUGCGCAUCUGACAGAGGAAAGUGCUGCAGAGGAGGUUCUGCAAAUUCUCGAUCACUAUGCGCAUGUUUACGAGGAUCUCCUUGCCGUCCCAGUGGUCAAGGGAAGGAAAACUGAAAAGGAGAAGUUUGCGGGUGGUUACUAUACUACUACAGUUGAGGGAUAUAUUCCUGCCACUGGUCGUGGUAUCCAAGGUGGAACGUCCCAUUGCCUUGGUCAAAACUUCAGCAAGAUGUUCGGUAUCACAGUGGAGGAUCCCUCUUCCAAGGAGGGCGAGAGGAAGCCGCCGUUGUACGUUUGGCAGAACUCCUGGGGCCUUUCUACCCGUACCAUUGGUGUCAUGGUCAUGAUCCACAGCGACAACCGCGGUUUAGUUCUUCCACCCCGCGUUGCGGAGAUCCAGACCAUUAUCGUUCCGGUCGGUAUUACGGCGAAGACCACGGAUGAAGAGCGCACGAAGCUGUAUUCUGAAAUUGAUGACCUGGUGGCUCUCCUCACUGCCGCUGGAGUUCGUGCGGAGAGUGACAAACGAGAGGGCUAUUCUCCUGGCUGGAAGUUCAACGACUGGGAGCUUAAAGGCGUGCCAGUUCGUCUCGAGUUUGGUCCUGGUGAGUCGGCGGGCCAGUAUGUCACCGCCGCCCGUCGUGAUAUUCCAGGCAAGGAUGGCAAGACCACCAUCCCGAUCUCGGAACUGAGCACUGCCAUCCCCAAGCUGCUGGACACUAUCCACAACGAUCUGUUCAGGCGUGCUGACGAAGAGUUCCGGGCUCACCGGAAGAUUAUCACCAACUGGGACGACUUUGUUCCGGCGCUGAACGCGAAGAACGUCUGCCUGAUCCCGCACUGCCUUACGGAAGAGUGCGAGGACCAAAUUAAGGAGAUGAGCGCUCGUAAAGCGGAGGAGGACAGCGGCGAGCCCCAGGAUGCACGGGCGCCCAGCAUGGGUGCCAAGUCCCUCUGCAUUCCGUUCGACCAGCCAGAGGGUAUCAUACCGGGAGUGACCAAGUGCACCAACCCCCAUUGUACAAAGCUGGCUGAGAAGUGGUGCAUGUUUGGACACAUUGAGACAACGUUAGGUAAAGAGGAACAAAUGAAUGGAAUGAAUGGAGAUGAUGAACUUCCAUAUAUUUUUUGUGUUCAGAGUCACAGGGAGUUUGGGAGUAGUACCAGUGCCAGUACCAGUAUACCAGUUGUUUUCGGAAGUCUGGUUCCAUUCUAUUCCAAAUAUUAA